AUGGUGGAGCCAGGGGAGAUGGAUACCACCACAGUGGAACCUGCAGAGCAGGGGGCCAUGGUGGGGCAAACAGAAAUGGAGGAGGAGCCAGAGUCAACCAUGUCUGUGUCCUUAAAGGAACUCUGUCAGAUGGUCAAUGUGCCAUAUGAUCAGGCAAGGGCUCUAAUAGAGAGUGAGAGCUCUGAUGGAGAGAGUGUAGAGAGAGAGGAAGCAACAAUGGAGGAUACAGUGAUGGAGGAUACAGUGAUGGAGGACACAGUGGUGCAUGCUGAUUUAUCUGGUGGUCUGGAGGGAGAGGGCCCUCGCUGCUGGCUCCAGAGCAGGUGCAGUUUGACACGGGUAGUUUUCAAUCGUGGAAGGGAAGAGGACUCUAAUGCAGAGGAAGGCGCACCUCCAAGGAAAAGACUGAGAGCUGAAAAAACCUGGAAGAAAGUGAUCAACAAGAAAAGAAGAAUGGUUGGGAAGUCAUACGUUGGAAAACAGAAGCAGAAGGAAAUAAUGAGGGAGCCACGGGCAAUUGGGCCUAGAUGUUCAUCAGCAGCAUGUGCCAAGUCAGCUAAACAUCACUGCAGUGCAAUCGGCACGCCUGAGAGGAAUAACAUUUUCAAUGAGUUUUGGCAACAUAUGACCUGGGAGGAGAAGAGGAUGUAUGUGCAUGGUUUAAUUGAUGUGGUCCCCGUGCAAAGGAGAAGAGGGCCUUUACCACCCAAAAAAGACCAGUGCAACAUCUGUUGUGCUUUCAAGACCGGCAACUUACCUGAUGACGAGUGGCAGCACCACCUCCUGCAAAAAGAAGAGGCCCGCGCCGAAAAGUUGUCUGACAAAAACAAGGCCAGCAACAACACUAUGGUCUUAUGUAUGGACUUGCAAGCCCUCCUUUUGUGCCCAAAGCUAAAAGCCUCUGCCUUGUAUUACAAAACAAAGCUUGCAGUUCACAAUUUUACUGUGUACAACAUGCUGACACACAGUGCCACAUGUUAUGUCUGGCAUGAAGGUGAGGGAUCCCUGUCUGCCAGUGAGUUUGCUUCAUGCAUUGUCAACUACCUCUCUGCACACACUGAGCCUGACACAUUUAUUCUGUGGAGUGACGGCUGCGGGUAUCAGAACCGGAAUGCAGUUCUAAGCAAUGCACUUCUUCAGUUCUCUAUGAAGAAAAACAAAGUCGUCAUUCAGAAGUACCUUGAGAAAGGGCAUACUCAGAUGGAAUGCGACUCCGUUCACAGCGUCAUCGAGAGGCGUCUGAGGGACCAGGAUGUGUAUCUCCCAGCAGAGUAUGUUAACCUGAUGAAGAAGGCCCGUGUGAAGCCUCAUCCAUAUGAAGUCAAGUACAUCGACCACACCUUCUUCCAGGACUUCACCAAGCUGAGGCUCUGCAAGUCUCUGCGCCCUGGAGUAAGGCCUGGUGACCCAACUGUCCACGAUAUCAGAGCCAUCAGGUACAACAACAAUGGAACGAUGGACUUCAAAAUAAACCACUCUGAUGACUGGCAUCCACAUCCAAGUCACCAACUCCGAAACUCCACCUCAGACAGCCACACAGUCACCCCACUCUAUUCAGACCGCCUGAAGAUCAACGAGCUGAAAUUCAAACACCUGCAAGACCUGAAGGAAGUCAUCCCAAAGGAUUUUCACAGCUUUUACAACAAUUUGCUUCACUAGCUUAGAAACUUGAAACUUGAUAAGAAACUUGGUGAUUUUCUUUCUUCUGCUGAACACAAAGGAAGAUAUUUUGAAGAAUGUCA